AUGGAUAAAGAACUUGCGUUAAUCUUAUACCAACAAUCAAAUCUACCUCCAUUAUCUGUUCUUCAAUACCAAACUAAUAUUCCUCCACAGUUCAUAUGGCCGGACCACGAAAAACCCUGCUUGAAUCCCCCGGAACUAGCAAUACCCUCCGUGGACAUGGGAAACUUCCUCGCCGGGGGCUCCCUCGCGGUAUCCAAAGCGUGUGAGGUGAUCGAUAAGGCGUGCAGGAGAAACGGGUUCUUUCAAGUUGUGAAUCAUGGAGUUGAUGCCAAACUCGUGGCGAAAGCACAUGAGUACAUGGACUUGUUCUUUGGCAUGGAACUUGCUGAGAAGCAAAGAGCUCAGAGGAAGCUGGGAGAGCAUUGCGGAUAUUGGAGUAGCUUCACUGGCCGGUUCACAUCCAAGCUUCCAUGGAAGGAAACACUUUCUCUCCGAUAUGUUGAUGAUAAGCGCUUCUCAAAUGGUGUGGAAGAGUAUUUCUUGAAUGUCUUGGGCGAAGAUUUCAGACCGUUUGGGAAAGUAUACCAGGAAUACUGCGAAGCCAUGAAUGCUCUUGCACUUCAAAUCAUGGAGCUUUUGGGGGUGAGUCUAGGAGUUGGAAGAUUAUUUUUCAGAGAUUUCUAUGAAGGUAAUGAUUCAAUAAUGAGGUUGAGUUACUACCCUCCUUGUCAAAGGCCAGACUUGGCUCUUGGGACUGGUCCUCAUUGUGACCCAACAUCCUUUACAAUCCUUCAUCAAGACCAAGUUGGUGGCCUCCAAGUGCUUGUUGAUGAGAAAUGGUACUCGAUAGCUCCCAAUCCACAUGCUUUUGUGGUCAACAUCGGUGACACAUUCAUGGCACUUACAAAUGGAGUUUACAAGAGUUGCUUGCACCAAGCGGUUGUAAACAAUAGAUCAGCAAGGAAAUCUCUAGCUUUCUUUCUAUGCCCCAAUAUGGAGAAGGUGGUGACACCACCAACCAGUUUGGUGAGUGACAAAAAUCCUAGGCUAUAUCCGGACUUCACUUGGGCAAAUCUUCUGGAAUUUACGCAAAAAGUACAGCGAGCAGAAAUGAAAACCCUAGAAGCCUUCUCGAGCUGGCUUCAACACAAAAAUUAA